AUGCGGAUGCUAAAGAAUAUCAAGAAGAUUCUGCUGUGUGGAGUCUGCUUCAUCGGUGUUACGUACAUUUACACGCAGUUUAGUCCAGGUGGGGAUAAUGUAAUUGAAAUGACGUCAUCCUGAAUUCAAGCUUUGAUAAUUUAUAUUAUUUUAGUUGACUUCAUAAACUCAAAUCAAGUGUUCUCCACAAAUUCCGCCGACUUAAUAACGCAAAUCAUUUUGCAAAAUGAUAACAAUUUCACCGUCGACGACAGCCUUGAUCACGGGAUACCAUUCACACAUCCGAAAAAACAAAAUGAACAGUUUUAUGUCCGAAGUGCGUUCAGGAUAUCUAAUACGACGAUACGAUUAACAAUCUUAAGGAAUUUAUAUAAUCGGUAAGGAUUUUUCUUUUGAAAAAUUAUAUUGUACAUGACACCUGUGGUCAAAAUGAUACGUUUUGUUCAGACGGCUUUUGUAUUACAAAUUUGGAUCAGCUACAGGCUCAGUACAACAAAUAUGUAAUUUGAAGGGCUGUCGUAAUACUUACGCUCCAAAUUGUCGGAUCGUCGGGAUCAUUGGGGUCAUCAAGAUUGAGCCUCGGAUAAAUGAAAGUCAAAGUGAUACAAUUCAAUUAUGGUCCACAAAAGGAGAAGAAAUCACUCUGCCAAUUAUGUCAGUACACAUUAAAAUGUUUUCUGAUUGAGUCGGACAACUUUUCCGACCGCAUUUUACAUCCAUCUUCCCUAUUUCUGAGUCCCACCACGAAAUCGUUUCAUCUAAAAAAUAAGUAUUCUUUUCAGCGAUGUCCGACCGCGAGAACCCGUCCACAAGCUAGCCGUUUGUCUGCAGACCAUCUUCCUUCACGAUGAAACUUCAGUUUUCAUUCAAUUUUUCGAGCAUUGGAUUGCUCAUGGUGCCACAAAAUUCUACAUUUAUCGACAAAACUACGCUCAGCACGUCCAAUACAUAUUAGAUUUCUACAGCUCCCAUCCGGGGCUUGAUGUUGAAUAUGUUGAUUGGUCUGAAUUGCCGAGCAACGACACUCAUAAUCCAAAUGAGCUGUUGUUCAGGUAGGUCAACAUAAUUUUUUCCUUGAUUUUUUUCUUAUGUUUAGGUAUGCUUCAUCAAAGGUUGUAUUUGUUUCUUUUUAGGACUGAGGUGUACAUGGGAGUGUUUGAUUGUCUCCAUCGAGCUCGCUAUACCGCUAAGUAUGUGGCUCAAUUGGAUCUGGAUGAAGUUUUGAUGGUCGGGAAUACAGAUUUGAUCCGUCAUCUGGACACUUUAUACGAGAAACAUCCCAAUUUAGCUACUGUUCAGAUAAAAAGCCGGAAAGCCGAGUUUAUUGUGAGUUUUAUCUUACCCUGCAUAAGUUUAGAUUAUGGGUGACGUAAUGUUGUUUCAGAAUUACGAUUGGCUCUUACUCCGUGAUUUUCGUAAUAUGACGUUUUCUGGGUUCCAUCAACUCUCAGUAGAGACCAAGUUAUUUCCUCCACCCGCCUAUUCCAAGCUUAUUCAUCGGCCAGAGCGGGUGAUCAAUGGGCAUCAUCAUUUGUUCACCGAAGGAGAACUUAUUCCUGGUGGAAGAGGUGUCAAAUACAGAAUGAUGGUCGCCAAUGAGGCUAAUUUACAGAUAAUUCAUCUGCGGUAAGUCUAGAACUUGUUUUUUUCUAGUUUUCCUAGGUCUUUUAUAUUGUACUCAAUAUCAAUCUGCAAAAUUUCGAUUCCAGACGAGAACGAGACAAUUUGUUCAAAACAAAGACGAUGCGAAAAAGUGAAAUCCUCAAACCUCUUGCUCAGAAAUGGGAAGUAUCUUUUAAAAAACAUAUCCAAGAUUACUCAGGCCCUUCCGAGAUCACCCCCAAUUCCAAUAUGAAGAAGGUCGAGAAGUGCAGAAAGAAGUUGAAUGACAACACCAGGGUGAUGUGUGUAUCCGUUUAUUACUGUGCCAAGGAUCUCAUGUUGAAAAAUUUUUACAAAGCUCUCAAUUCGUGGUAUACUUUAUGAACCGGUACUUUUUUUGUCUACUGUAAUAUAAUUGAUCUUGUUCAACACUUAAUAAGUGUUAUGAAAAUACAGUACAGUAUGUGUAAAAUUAGGAGUUUUUUGAUGAAAUAGUAAAUUUUUUGAUUAUCAGAGGUUGGAAUGCUGCUGGUAAAAUACGGCACCGUCUUGUUGGAAUAUUCUAUUUUAUUUGAAACCUAAAAUUAAUAAAACUUUAAUAUUUUUUGAGUGGAAGGUUGGCGAUAAACGUUCUGAGGUAUUUCUCGUACCAGGGGGCGUUCCUUGCAAGGCUUUCUCACAGAGAAAGUCACUUUGUUCAUGAUGAUUUAGACGCUUCUACAAAAAUCGCUUUAAAAGUCGUGGCAAGAUACGUUUUGUUUUGUUUUUAUCGUUUUGUUUCGAUAACCUGUUCUAAAACACGCUUAGUUCACCUUUUCAUGCUUGAAAACACUUCGAAAUGCCCUUCGAAUUCCCCAAGAUUAGCUCUGAAACCUUGACAUUUUACCCUUUUAAACGUGUUUUUCGAAGGUUCUCGUCGAAAAAACCGCUCCGUUAAUGACCCUGAUUCGAAUCCGGUAUCGGUUUAAAAGCGGCGCCGGCUUCCAGUCCGUUCUCAACGUUUAGCAAGCUAGUCAAGUUUGAUAGCAGUCAAGGUAAGUGGAAUGUAAAAAAAUUAUAUGAACUUGAAAAAUUGGUAGUAAAUAGUAAUAUGAAGACAGUAGCUAUCUAAAUGAUCACCAUUUCUAUUUUUUGAACAAAAAUUUUAAUUUCAGAUGAGGUUAUUGAAGGCGUUGGCACCUCUUUUCCUCCUAUUCUCAUCAUCAUUUUGUGCUGUUAAUCGAGAGAGUAAGUCAUCCCAUAAAUUUUUACUUUAUAACUUCGUAUUUUAGACCAUUUCGGAGAACCCUGUGCCCUAUGUGAGUGUUUUAUCGAGUACUCUGACCGUGAUGUGGGAAUGGGAAGGAUGCCUUUUAAGGUGGUCACCAACUCGUAUGACGUCACUGAAGACAAAUGUUUAGCUGGGUGUUUGCAAGAUUCUGUAAGUGGCUCUUAACCCUUUCCGGACGAGUCGGCACCUCCAUGCAAAAAUGAAAGAGGGUACCCUACUGAGUAACGGCAUAAUAGUGGUUCAGCCCAUCGAAGCGUUAUUUGGGACUUAUGACAAAAAAUGUCCUAAAAAGUACCCCCAGUUGACAUAACCCUUAUAAAAUUUUACUAACGACCUGUAAAUUGGAAACUACCCCUAAGUAGUCUAUGACUCCUACUACUGUUACAUCCAAGAACUGUCCAAAUCGGACCACUACAGGAUUAGUUAUCGACUUUUGGAAAUUGAAUUCAAUUUUGAUGAUAUUAUCCAUGCUUUUAGGCUUGUAAAAUGGCUGUCUAUGGAUUUGUUGGUGGCCGCUCGGUCUUUUCCUGCGAAUAUUACGACCUAAUCGACGUCCAGAAGCCCAUUUAUGCCCCGUAUACCAACAUUUAUUUGAAGAGAACCAGCACUUGUCAGAAAGAAAGUAAGCAAAUUUGUUUGUAAAAUACGUUCCACCUUUCUAUAUCCUUUAAAUGAACGUCUUUUAGUGAGCAAAUACCCUCCAGUUCAAAUCGCUCAGAACGACGUCAUUCCACAGAUGAAUGAAGAAGUUAGCGCGAGAAAAUCACGAUUUAUGCGGAUGAACCAGCGAACAAACCCAUUUGCGAUUGGAAAAUAG